GGGCUUUAUAGGCGGGAGAGACGAUGAGAGAGCAUGGAACCUAAGCUGCUGCCUAAUAAGGCAGCCAGCCACUCUGACAUCCAGACGGAUAAUAUCUUUUAAACGCAGCCUAAUCAUACAGUAUUGUUGAAAAGAGUUUAUAACAUUUCCCCGAGAAUAUUUCUAAUGACCACAUUGAACGUUCCCUACUAAAGUUCGAGGUACUAGCAGAAAAUGCCCUUAAAGCGAGGACUAGAACGUGAAUCUUGCGAUUUCUGCUUUCGACGGAAGAUAAAGUGCGACCGUUCUUCUCGCGCUGCAUCGGGGCUCCCAACUUGCUCCCAGUGUGAUUGGCGCCAGACGCGUUGCACUUUCGAAUGUGAUGACAUCCGUAUUCAGCGAAAACAGAAAAGCUCGCCUAAAAAGAGGAUGCUUGGUGUCAGCAUGUUGACUGAGACAAACCCCGUCCAACGAACAAAAUAUACUUUGACCAGCGACAAUGAAUCAGCGUCUCCAGGAAAUUCAGCCUUACCCCUUGGAAAUGCUACAUCACCUCUUCAACUUCAUGAUGCUGCCACCACUACUGCUUCUAAUGUCUCCCGUCCAUCAAGUAGUGGUAGUACUGUUGUUCUAUCCACUCAAAGCUCAGUAACAGUUUCUCAGUUGCCACCAUGCCCAGACUUUGCAUUCGAGCUCAGUCCCAAUAGUCUUGCAUUUCUUGACUCGAUUUUCCCAGACGCCCAAGAUACACCAGAAGUUGCUUCACAGUGGAAUAAUAUGCCAAGCCUCUCUCUACAAUCAAUUGACGGCCCGCAGGAAAUUCUGUCUUCAACUCAAAGCCCCUAUUUUUGCUUAGAUAUCCCAGCAGGAAUCCUAGAUACAGCGAUAGACGCAUAUUUCAACUUCUUUUCCUUAUCUCUCUCCUUCCUCACGAGAGAUGGCUUCAUGGCUGACUACAAGGCGCACCGGGGUAGCCCUGCGCUCGUAUUCGCAGUCGCUUGUCGAGGCUGCCCCUUUGUUCGGGUCGCAGAGAAAUGGUCACUGCAGCAGCGUCUUGCUUCAAGAUUCAGGAAAUCGUUUCUUCAGGCACGGGGGUCAACAUCAAGCAGCCAUAUUGUGAAACUCGAUGAUCUGGAGGCUUUAGCACUCAUGGUGGACUUUGAAUAUGAGACACCAGAGGGAACGACUACAUCACUUCAGUCGCAGCUGGAAAGCUUGCUGCUAACACACGAUUCACUUGUCGUGAUGACGUUACAGUAUCGCAUUGAUACCUGUAUGACAACAGAAGCAGGAUUAUCUACUACCCUUUCCAGGGCCGCACAGCGUCAAGCACUUUUGUUCUGGUAUGUUUACGGGUGGGAUGCUUUCCAUAGCCUUGAUAUCAGAAUGAAUUCCCGGAUCCAAGACGAAGAUGUCUAUCUCUCAGAGCAGCUCCACGGACAUGAAAAUCAGAGCUACUUCGACGCUAUCCUUGGCUUGGCAGUCGUUGCCCGAAAAAUGACAAAAAUACUCUGCAGCCCUGUAGCGAAGCGAAAAGGCGCAAGACAUCAGGAUAUAGAGAGCCUGUAUAAUCAACUUAGAGAGUGGCGUACGAACGACUGUCCGCCAGCCUUUAACAUACAAUGUUACGGCAAUACGACCUCGCUGGAAGAAGUAUCACUACCACUUGAUAUAGGGACACAGCACGUUUCUCCCAUCCAUGCAGCCAUUGUGACAUUGCUGGAACUGAAUUGUUAUAUGCAAUUAGACGCUUGUGUCUCACAAUACGGGAUCGAGGAGUCUGGGUCUUCGAUGGGACAUAUUGUCGAUACGCGGGUAAAAUAUGAGACUCUACAAGCAGCCCAUAAGAUAGUCAAUGUGGCUGAGUGGAUUAGAAAACUGACGGCUAGCGAGAUGUGGCCUACACCUACAACUAUGCCGGAUCUUUCGCCAGGAGUUAUACGCAAUAUUUGUGUAGGCGCCCAUAAUUGGAUAUACCGAAAUGCGAAAGAAAUGCUUCAUAUACCACAUCUGAGGAUCUCAAAUAUUGAAUUAGCAGAGUCAGGUGUCGCAGCGGGCAAUAGGAUCAGGGAGGAACUAUCAACGGCGCGGGUGAAAAGUUGGGUGGAUUCAUUAACCAUAUUGCGGGAUAUUGCAGCUACAGCUUCCUCGCAUAGAGAUACGGGGCCUUCAAUCGAGCGAUUAGACGGGCAAAUGCGAGCCUUGAAAACAUUGCUCAGCUCAUACGAUGGACAGUAAUUAGUACUUUUGAGAUUUCGGUGGUUGUGUAAUAUAGCGUGUUAACCUCCGCAGAUGUCCCGUGAAAGUCCCGAUGGAUUCUACCGCGGUGCUAAACAAUCCUUGACCGUC